AUGGCCGCCAUUUGCAGCUGGACGGUGCUGCCCUCGUCGGAGGCGGCGGAGAGGGCGCUGGGGGAGUCGAGCCUGCAGAGCAGCGGCCGCCACGUGCACUGGCUGCACUGCGCCAGCGAGGCCGCGGGGGACGACCUGUCGGCGCUGUGCCUGCUGUGGAAGGGCAGCAGAGGGAGCGCGGCGGCCGUGGCGCCCUUCGUGGUGCUCGCCAGCGACGCGUGCUCUCGCGCGCCCACGUGCGUGCACGCGGCGGGCGCGGAGCGGGAGGCGGCCGCGUGGAGGCCGCGGGCCGGGCUGCUGGUCGGGGAGCCCGGGAUGGGCAAGACGCAGUUCCUGCAGCGCCUGGCGGCCGAGGCGCGCGCGCGCAAGCCGCAGCGGUGGGCCGUCGUGGUGCAGGCGCUGCGCCACCGGCACCUCCUGCAGCGCUUCCCGGAACCCCCAGAUCUGUCGAAGGAGCACCUGCUGGGUCUGCUCACGGGGGCGGCGUGCGGCGUGGCCUCGGGGGCGAGCCUGGCUGAGGUGACGCGGCGCUGCCUUCGAGCAGCUCUCGAGGACACAGGCGAGAUAGCCGUGCUGGUGGAUGGAGUGGACGAGAUUUGCCCGGCCUACAAAGACAAGCUUAUUAGACUUCUGGAGAUUCUGCUGGAAACGAAAGUGAAGCUUGUAUGGGUUUCUUCACGACCAGAGCACUGGGCCUCCUUGCACGGCUGCUCCGCGGCUGUGUUCGAGCCGCUGGCCCGCGAAAUGGUCGACUCGCUCCUGGACGCGGAGGGUGGCCGCCAGCGCAGCCUGCUGGACGUCCCACUGCACGUGCAGAUGGCGGCGGAGACGUACGAACCGCUGGCGGCGCAUGUGCUGCACGCUGGCGGCGGCCAGCUGCCCAAGGGCGCCUUCUCGCUCUACGACCUCUACCGGCGCUUCGUGGACAAGAAGAGGGAGCUGUUCAAGCAACGCUUCGGGCUCACUGAUGCCAACUUUGAAAAUAUCUCACUCGUCGACAACUUCGAUGAGGUUCACCAAAACUGUGCUAUCCUCGAGCUGGUUUCCGAUGGUUCUUAUGGUGACGUCAAUGUACUACCUUUCAAGAACUACCUAGAAAAUAAUAAGAGAAACAUAAUCAAAGAAAAAAACGGAAUCCUAUGGAUGGAAGAAGAAGGAAUGCAUCGUUUUGUGCAUUAUACAUUUAUGGAAUAUUUUGCUGCCUCUUGGAUGGUCUCACACAUCAAUGAUCAGGAAACAGCGCUUGAUCUAGCAAAGGAGAUCUGGCGCAGACAAUUUCACCAAAAACGAUUCUCCAAACUGCGGCACAUCCUGGAGCACAUGCUGUCGGAGGGGCUGCCGCUGCACCGGGCCGUGCUGGAGGGCAGCGAGGGCGCGCUGGAGGCGGCGCUGGCGUCUGGGGCCUGCGACCUCGACGCUUGCGACCGCUUGGGGCGCACGGCGCUGGUGCAGGCGGCGUCGCUGGGGCGCGGCGGCGCCGUGGGCGCGCUGCUGGGGCGGGGCUGCGACGCCGGGCGCCGCGACGCGCUGCUGGGCUGGACGGCGCUGCGCUUCGCCAGCGCGGGCGCGCACCUCGACGCCGCGGAGCGCCUGCUGCAGGCGGGCGCCAGCGCGCACCACCUCGUGCUCGAUGACGCUCACGACGCCGUUCUCAAGGCCGCCAAGUUCGGCUUGGCCAAA